AUGGCUAAUAAGAAUAUGGGAAAUAAAUUAUUGGUCCAUCAAAUUGAUGAAGACACCUUCAGCGUCACCGCGGACAAUGGAAUCGCAAUGGUCCAUCUUCGAAGUAAAAUAUGUUCGUGUCGAGAGUUUGACUUAGAUAAAAUACCCUGUCAACAUGCUAUGGCUGCGCUCAGACACAAAUUUGGAGAUGAAUAUGGCAAGAUGAUUUAUGAGUACUCUUCUCCGUAUUAUAAGGUAGAGUCAUAUAUACUUGCAUAUGCAGAUCCAAUCUAUCCAGUGCCAGCUGAAGAAUUUUGGAAUCUUCCUCUAGAAAUUUUAGAGAGAGUAAUACCUCCACCUGAAAAGAAAACUAAACUGGGAAGGAAGCGGCUGAAACGAGUACCUACUAAAUAUAAUAAAAAAUAA